AGCAUAAUGCUAAAUUUAGACCGCGUUCAAUAUCCAAUAGCAGAGUUUCGAUCGGACGCGGUCUGAAUUCGGCAUAAUAUCCAGCCCCUUUCGUCAUAUACAUUUCCACUUUCUGCAUGCGGAAGCGCAGAAUAGAACGAAACAAACAUGGUGCUCGUUCCUGAUAUGAGAGAGAGAAAAAGUGCGACGAAAUACGAAAAGUACACAUAAUAAUCAAAUUUUCAUUCAAUAACAUCGCCUUCUUCUCUGCGCACGCAAAGUGAUCGUGAAUAAGUUUACGUCGGUCGAGUAACUCGACUCAAGUUUAUUUCGUUCCGGACGCACCGCCCGUCGUCUCACGAAUGUAAAUAAUAUUUUGGAAAUCAUCAUUUUCUUCCCGGGACAGUUUGGUGAUAUUUGAUAGCAGCUAUGUGAUGACAUCACUCAAAAAAUGUGAUACGGGAGAAGAUCAAUAUUAGAUCUGGUGUGCGAAAUGGUACGAGAGAAAGAACAUAUUCGCUGGAUCUGAUAUCAAUCAAGUUAUUGACGAGAAUUUCCCGCCCAAGUCGUGUACGACGUCGUGUGUGAUUAAUAAUGCAAGCAUUCUAAAAUUGGAGCGGCACUGACGGUAUAUGUCGACGAGAUCAAAUUAGUGGGACAUGUUUGUCUGUUGUUCGUGUCAUUUAUGCUAAGUGAUAAGUCAUGCCCGGAGAACCAUCGGCCACAACUGGAAACAAAUCCAGUGGCAAGGCAAAGAGGAUCUCUAUACCUCGUGUACAAAGCAGCACCGACACAGAGCUACAGUCUCAACAGAGUGGUUCCACUCCGCUGCAACCCACUGCGUUGCACUAUGUCAGCUUUCGUUCAGAAUUAGAGGACAGCCCUGUCCCACCAGCGGUGCGAUGCCGUUUAUAUGAUCUCUUCCAACAAAUCGAAAAGGAAUUUGAAAUGUUAUACACUGAAAAUCUUGGACUGCAGGAGAAGAUUGAUAUCUUAAAUGAAAGGCUUGAAAGAGAAUGUUAUGGAUCAGGCGAACGCAGUUUGCCUCCUGGAGAUCUUACGGAUUAUCCAGAAGCGAAAAAUCUUUCCAAACAGAAAUCUAUGGGUGCAAGCUCGGCGCAAAAGAUUAAAGCCUCUCACAAAUUGAAAGCGCAGACUAGUAAAAUAGUGUCGAGCUUCAAAAAUCCGACAAUGACCUGUACCAUGCAGAAGGAGUACAUGGGUCAUCGAGACGGUGUGUGGGAGGUGUCGGUGGGCAGAUCGGGUCAGCCUAUCAUAGCGACCGCCUCCGCCGAUCAUACGGCACGCAUAUGGGCGAUAGACAGCAGCCGUUGUUUGCUGCAGUACAUCGGUCACACCGGAUCUGUGAACUCGGUUCGAUUUCAUCCGAACAGGGAACUGGCGCUAACAGCGAGCGGCGAUGGUUCCGCUCACGUGUGGCAGGCGGCUGUCGAUUGGGAGCAGAAAAGGCUACCGUCGCUAGAGGAACUUCCAGUCGGUUCCGAACGGUCUGCUGCUAACAAUCUAAUCAGCAACAACGACGAGCAAGAUGACCCGCCUACUCUGAGAACGCCGAUACGCGAGCUUCUCGGCCAUUCAAGCGUCGUGAUGGCCGCAGACUGGCUCCCUGGUGCCGAACAGCUGGUCACAGCUUCUUGGGACAGGACAGCAAACUUGUACGACACGGAAACUGGGGAGAUCAUACACACGCUGUGCGGACACGAUCAAGAACUGACUCACGUGUCAACGCAUCACACGCAAAGAUUGUGCGUCACGUCCAGCAGAGACAACACAUUCCGGUUGUGGGAUUUCAGAGAGGCGAUACACUCAGUUUCAGUGUUUCAAGGACAUACAGAAACCGUGACAUCGGCGGUUUUCACGAGGGAGGAUAAAGUUGUGUCUGGCUCAGACGACAGAAGCGUGAAAGUAUGGGAGUUACGUAACAUACGUAGUCCAUUAGCGACAAUACGUGGAGAUAGUGCUGCUAAUAGGCUGUCAGUUUCUAGCACCGGGGUGGUGGCAAUACCGCAUGACAAUAGACAAAUACGUUUAUUUGAUUUGACUGGCCAACGUCUAGCAAGAUUGCCUAGAACUAGUAGACAGGGCCAUCGUAGAAUGGUGUGUUCAGUCGCUUGGUUGGAAGAUAACAGUGUGUGUAAUUUAUUUUCUUGCGGCUUCGAUAGAUUAGUAUUAGGUUGGAGCGUUCUUCCCGUUAAAGAUGCUUGAAUAUCAAAAGUUUUGUGAUUUUAUCAAAUAUUUCGUGUCACGUUAGUGUGAUAUUGGGAAUAGCUAGAUGCAAUUUAUAGAGAUGGAAGUGCAUAUGUAACCGUACAGCAAAAAUCCAGCAAUUAAUCCAAUCAAAGAUCCUCCCUUUCCACUUUUGCAGACGACUGCAAGAGAAAAAAAAAACAGAAUAUAUGUAUCAUUAUACUGUAUGUAAAUUAUAGAUGGAAGGUGGAUUUUAAAGUUGCAAUAAAGCUAUGGCGAUGUCUUAAAUGCGUAAA